UGUGGGCGUGUUUCUUUCGGCCCAACAGUCUCCGCUCUUGUGUGGAGUCCAGAGCGCAAAACGCAUUUCUUCUGGUGCGACCGGAGGGCGCAAAAGUAGCAGUUCUCCGACCCUGACGCGCACACCAUCUCCGACUCCGGCGGCCCCCCGAAUCCAACUUCACUGAGCGGGAAAUAAAGAGUUUCUAAAGAUCUCCCGGUGACUCUUCCAACCAUGGACGCAUCUCGACUCGUAACGCUAUAUCUGGGCCUGCUCCUUGUUUUCCUUGGGAAUAUACCGUGUUUCCAGUCUGCUGCUAUCAUCUCUCCCUCUGCGCCGAGGAGAAACAAGGGAGCCCGGAUCUCUCAUCGGGACGGACAAAGGUCAUCCAAAAUCCUAAAAGACAUCUUCGCGUCUUCGCAUCCUAUCGUGGGCCAUCACAAAGAAGACCCAAAGGACGCUAUUGUGCCGCAUGAAUACAUGCUCUCUAUAUACAGGACAUACUCGGCUGCAGAGAAGCUCGGACUAAACGCAAGCUUUUUCCGCUCCUCUAAAUCUGCCAACACCAUAACAAGUUUUGUGGACAGAGGAACAGACGAUCUUUUGCACUCUCCUCUGCGAAGACAAAAGUAUCUGUUUGAUGUCUCAACCCUUUCAGACAAAGAGGAGCUGGUCGGGGCGGAAUUAAGGAUAUUUAGGAGAGCGCCCGGGGAUUUGCAGACUUCCCUGCAGACGACGGGCCUCUACGACAUCCAGCUCUACCCCUGCCGCUCGGACAGACUGCUGGACUCUCGAUCCCUGGACCCGCUGGACUCCACCAAGCCGGGCUGGGAGGUUCUGGACGCGUGGGAAAUGUUUAAAGCACACCAGCAUCAUUAUCACCACCCCCAUCACCAUCAUCACUAUCAGCAGGGGAACCAGCUCUGCUUCCAGCUCCGCGUCACUCUCCGCAAAUCAAACACCGAGGUGGACCUGAGGCAGCUGGGGCUGGACAGGAGCGGCCGGUCCCAGCAGGAGAAGGCCAUCCUGGUGGCCUACACGCGCUCCAAGAAGAGGGAGAACCUGUUCAACGAGAUGAAGGAGAAGAUCAAGUCGCGGAGGUCGGUGGGUGAGAAGGAGGAGGCGGUGAUGGUGGUGAAGGCGGCGGAGGAGGAGGGGGUGUCGCUGAGGGGGGUGAAAGGAGAGGGGCCCCGGCGGCGGCGGAGGACGGCGCUGAGCAACCGGCACGGGAAGAGGCACGGGAAGAAAUCCAAAUCCAGGUGCAGCAAAAAGGCGCUGCACGUGAACUUCAAAGAGCUGGGCUGGGACGAUUGGAUCAUCGCGCCUCUGGAUUACGAGGCGUACCACUGCGAGGGGGUGUGUGACUUCCCCCUGAGGUCGCACCUCGAGCCGACCAACCACGCCAUCAUACAGACGCUCAUGAACUCCAUGGACCCCAACAGCACCCCGCCCAGCUGCUGCGUCCCCACCAAACUCAGCCCCAUCAGCAUCCUGUACAUAGACUCAGGCAAUAACGUGGUGUACAAACAGUACGAGGACAUGGUGGUGGAGCAGUGUGGGUGCAGGUAGCGGUCCUUAUUCAGAGAGAAAAACUUUAAAAGACAGAAAAAUCAAAGAUAAGUCUUGAUGGGUCCCAUGCAGGUUGAAGAGUCCUCACAGGUCUGAAAUGCUUUGACGCAUGACGCGCUUUGUCUUUAUUCAAAAGGGAUGCACACUAAAGGCGAUAUCUGCUAUUUAUUCAGACUCAGUACAGUCACAGUAAUUUACACUCUCUGCCUUAACGUGUUACGCCUUCAUUCCCAUCCACGCAACAAGUGAUCACUCAUCAAACAGGCUUUUGUUUCCCAGAGAGUGAGACGUGUCCAUAUGGCACAAGGGAUGGGUACAAGGCGAGAUGGGGAGCCUAUUGAGACCGACUGUGCACCUGUUCGUGCCGAGGCCAGAGGACAGUGGGCUUUGCCUGUCAGCGCUUUGUUGUCAGCUCUGCCGUGUGAUCCUGCCAGCCAGGCCGGACUCUUUUGGGUAUGUGCAUCCAGGCCGUAAUUGCCACUGUCCAGCUGGAGUCAUUACAGGCCCGAGCAAGUGCCUGUUUUCCAAAUAAAAGGGGGUGAAUGUCUAAUCUACCAAACACACACACACACAGACUGGUCUGAGGAGAGGAGAUAAGAUGGUUGGUGGUAAUGCCGUCAAGAGAUUUUUGCCUUACUGGAGACCAGUUGAAGAGGCGCUGGGAGAAGCGUCGUGCGCCUUUGCGGACAGAAAGGACACAAAACCAGACUUGUGCCUGACUGGGGCCCUGUUGUAAAAAAAAAAAAAAAGCACACAUUACU